AUGUGUUUUAAUGACGUCGAGGACUAUGCAGACGGGAGUGAGGAAAGAAUGGAAAGUUGUAUCUGAUUGGCUGAAAAACUUGUUAUUCUACUGGCACUAGUGCUUCAGUGCGCAGACACAAGAAUAGAAAUGGACACAUUACUAAAUGCCUACAUAUAGAUGUGUGGUUAAUAGUUCCAAUGUCGGUAAAUUCAACUGAAACGAAGUGUCAGUCAUGGCCGCGAUUGGUAUGGAAUUCAGGGAACCGUCUACAGCAAAAGAGAAGCUAAACUUGAGCAAAAACACGCCCGUGUCAUGGAAGCGUCACAUCAUUCGCCAAUUGAAACACCGGGAUAAGUCACAGAAGACAAUGUUUCAAGAUGUCAUACGAUCAUAUAUUAACCUGCUGGAGAGGUCCAAUCAAAAAGCGUUUAUAACUAAAGGCAUUCUGGGCUGUGUUGACAGAUACCCAUCAUCUACUUCUAACAGUGAUUCCUUAACAUCUUUGGCUGCUAAGAAUAAUGCCUUGAAGAAAACUACAGGAGAGUUGGCGUACCAGGUGGUAGAGCUGCAGCAGGAGAUUAAAAUCAAGGAAUCUGUACUGGAAGAGCAACAUGCCAGAUUGUGCGAAGUGAAGGGUCGUCUGCUGGGUGUGGAUACUGACUAUGGGAAGCUGCAGGCCCGGGUCGCGGAGGUGCAGGGGGCAAACCGUACUCUGAAGCGAGAGUACGACUCCCUCCUGAAGCAGCACCAUGAUAUGGACGCCGUUUUCCGGGAGGAGAAAGUGAAAGGGUCAGAGCUGCUGGAGGAGUUGAUACAGCGGAAGCAGGUUGCAGCCGUACGGAUGAACAGCCGGAACGAGAGAAGAGUUAGAGCAAGAGAGGUGAACCUUCAGAAGGAACUGGAGACAGCUGCUGAGAUGAAAGUGAACAUUGAUGUAGAUUGUGUGAGUGCCCCAUGCUCCAGAGCUGCUUCUCCUGUAAGUGAGACGGUGUCCAAGUUUGAGAGGCGGCACACUCGACUUUUCAGGUCGGCCUCUGCAACAUCUCCCCGAAUACUGAACUCCAUUAAAGAGCUGUUUGAGAGGAAGAGACGAGGGAAGUCGGUGUGCAGUCUGGAGGAGGAUCUCUACGUCCCAGCAGGCUUCUGUGUGGCGGCCAGGGUACCUGCUAAAGCCCUGCACGUGCUGGAUGCACAUGAGUUGGGCAUCAAUGCUGUGCGAUUCAGCUCCAAUUCUAAUGUGCUGGCCACAGGGGGCACUGACCGGGUCAUCAAGCUCUGGGACGUGAAAGCAGGCAUGCUUCACAACCGAGGAACACUAGAUGGCAGUAAUGAGGGAAUAACAAGCAUCGAGUUUGACCCUACGGGAACCAGGAUCUUGGCCGGCUCGUAUGAUAAGUCUGCACUGUUCUGGAGACUGGACGACAGUGUUCCCAAGCUCACCCUGACAGGCCAUUCACGCAAAGUUACGGCGGCCAAGUUCAAAUCCAGCCUGCGCCAGGUGGUGACAGGAAGUGCCGACAGGACCGUGAAGGUCUGGGAUCUCCAGCGUGCCGCGUGUGUACACACCUUUGAGGUCGUCUCUUACUGCAGCGAUGUGGUGUGCUCCGAAUACUUCAUCAUCAGUGGACAUUACGACCACAAGAUUCGCUUCUGGGACAGUAGGGCUGCAAGCUGCACACAGGAGGUCCCUCUGCAAGGGAAAGUGACGUCGCUGGAUAUCUGUCAAGAUCACAGGCAGCUGCUCAGCUGCUCCAGGGACGACUGCCUACAGGUGGUGGACCUGAGGAUGAACAACUCCAGGUUGUGCUUCAGAGCCGACGGCUUCAAGUGUGGUUGUGACAGCACCAAGGCUGUAUUCAGUCCUGAUGGAAGCUAUUUGGCUGCUGGCUCUGCGGAUGGUACCGUCUUCAUCUGGAACGUCAGCACAGGCAAUCUGGAGACCAGCUUACCUGACAUGCACAGCUCCUCCAUCAACGCAGUGUCGUGGUCCGUGUCAGGGGAGUAUGUGGUGAGUGUUGACAAGAGUCGACGGGCCGUCCUCUGGAGCGACAUCUGAAACAGCUCCUGGAUGGAGAGGACAGCAGAUUACUUUUGGGAGGUCACGUUGUCAUGGUAGCACCCCGCACCCCCCCCAUCUUCAUGAAGUGAAGAAUAAUAAAAUUUUAAAAAAGCUUAUUAUCCAAGAGGGGGGGGGGACCUUAUCAAGACUCAGAGAGCAAAUUUGACGUUCAGCUCUCUCCUACCUUGAUAGAACAGAAGGCUGUGGCUUCACGUUACACAACUGACACUCGUGGAGUUGUGCCUUGGACAGGGAAUAUGCUGCAACAUAUCCUCAAUAUACAAAAAGGGUCUGAUGAAAUCAGUUUCUUAAUGUUAUUGGUAUAAUAUUAUGCAAUUUCCUUUACUAGUGACUGUAUGGAAUGCUUUGCUUUGUGAAGAGAUUACCUGUCCAAUAUGUAAACAAGCAUGUUCAUUGAAAGGGAAAAUGUCAAUUUCUGAAAGGGACUGAUCAAUAUAGAUUUUGCUUGAUGGGACAUAAACAGAACAAAACAACUCAAAUAAAUACUGUGUCUCAUCAAUAAGAAGGGAUAAUUGAAGUUCCCCUCAGUGGCUUAUGACUGUUCUCACCUUCGUAGUAUUGUAAAACACUGUGAGUUUGGCUGAGUUAUGUCGACCAUAAAAUUCACACUGCACAGUUUGGCUGAGGAGUUAAGGGAACAGUCUGAGGUGGCAGGUCAAUUUGAGAUGCUGAAGAGAUUAACCAUGAGACAUCCUCUCACUCUCAUAUCAGACUCUAUUGUUUAGAUACUGUUUGUGAGGCACAACAGAGUAAAUAAGCAAGGCUUAGAAUUCAGCGGAAACUUCAAGUUAAAUGCCGCUGUGCCGCAAAUGGCCAAAUUAAUAAUUUUUGUGUACUAUUUCUUUUGUUAUGACUGAAAUGUUAUUGUUACUAUUUUGUGUGAACGAAUUGCCCCCUAACACAUUCAGAAUGUUGUCUGUACUCUAAGUAUGUUUAAUUUUUGUGUUUAAUGUACGGCUUACUCAUUAUUGGGGAUAUCAUUUUUAUGGUAGAACUGUUAUUAUGAAAAUGUCCGUAACAGUUUAAUACUGGUAGUGAAUAUUGGAUGUUGAUGGUGUUGAUUAUGGUAUAAUCUGUGUUGUGUCCGCAAGUACAUAUGGGGAUUCAGGUCUGCAAAUCUGGGAGGAGAAGGUAAUCAUUUGAAACGAGUUUUUCCCACAAAGGCCUAUUACAGGGAUUGUGCUCUCUAUUCCUAGUGAAUACUAGUGAAUAAGACAUACUUUAUAGACGGUUCAACAAAUACCACAAAACUGACAAUAGGUGGGAUUAUGUAAAAGGAACCUUUGAUACAUCUCAGCCUUUGAAUACAUCUCUGAACAAAUCGAUUGAAAGAUGGACUCUGAUUGCUUUAAAAAAAAAGGGACAUGUGAGGUAAGAAAUUGCUUGUCUUACAAAAAAUAAAGCAAAAUAAGACUGUUUUCAUA